AUGAGCAACAAAAAGUGGGGGAAAAACCUCCUGUAUGAUGACUACGAGGACGACUUAGUGGACUACGACAACUACAAUGAGGAAUAUUACUCCGAGUUUGAAUGCCAAGAAGGGAUGGAUAUCCCGAAAACGAAAGGAAAAGAUAACACCAAAGGGAAGGCACUUGAUAAGAAGCCAAAACAACAGGGUAAGGUCGCCAAGGUGAAGAAGCCAAACCAGCAGGGAGAAGCCGCCAAGGUGAAGAAGCCAAGCCAGCAGGCAGAAACCGCCAAGGUGAAGAAGCCAAACCGACAGGGCGAGGAAACCCAAAUGGAGAACCAAAAUGACACCACUUCGAACGCUCUCCAGAAUGAGAUCCAAGCGGACAGCCAAGGCAACAGGUGCAUCAUGCUAAGUACGCUGAACAUCCUCGUGCUCGGGCACAUCGACGCGGGAAAGUCCACCCUCAUAGGAGCAUUGUUGUACAACUUAAGCUACGUAAGCGAACAAACGGUGAAAAAAUAUGAACACGUCAGGGAAAGUUCCAAGUAUACCUUCAUAUUAGACGAAGAGGACGACGAAAGGGAGAGAAACAUAACACUUUUUAACAAAAAAAAAGAAUUCUACGUAUAUUACACCAAGGGGGAAUUACAAGAAGCCUAUAAUCGUGUGCUGAGCACUCAGGGGGGGAGCAAAAAAGGGGCCAAUAGGCCCCAUAAGAGCAGUCAGGAAAGCGCCGACGGCAAGAACGCCACACAUGCUCCCUACACGGACAGAACCAUAUUUGACGAUUUUUACAAAAACAAAACCAUUCACAGUGAUGUGCACUUUUUAAGGAAAAUAAACAUUUUUGACACCCCGGGACACAACGAACUGGUGACAAAUUUGCACACGUGGAGUUUUUUUGCAGAUUCUGCCAUCCUAGUUGUAGAUGCAAAUAACAUUUACAACCAAAAAAAUGAUGAGACCUACAGAAACAUUUCUAUAUUAGAAGCAGUAGGAAUUUCUAACGUAAUUGUAGCGGUAAACAAGUUAGAUCUGUUCGAUUAUGACUCAGAAGUGUUCGAAGAUAUAUGUAAAACGAUAAAGUCUUUUUUUCAAUGUGCCAAAAGUGACAGCAUUUACAAUUUUGUUCUUAGUAAUAACUUCUACGUGAAGGGUGGACGCUCAAAAAAAAGCAGUUCUACUGCCACGGGGAAUCAAGCACUAUUUGAACCCAAUUUAACGUUCAUUCCCCUUUCUGCGUACAAAAAUUUGAACGUGGUUAAAUUUGAGGAAGAUAAAAGGCCAUUACUGAAUAACACCUUUAGCCUAUACGAUGAAAUUAAGUACAUGAAUUUAAGGAAAGAUUUAUUCCGGCUAAAAGUAUGUGCGGAGGUUCUGAGUGAUAAAAAGAUGGCUCUAACUUUUUACUACAAUUUUGUCAGCAACAAUGACCUCUUUUUGAAUAACAUUUUUUACAACUUUUGCCAAGAUGGGAAGGGAAACAUAACAAAUUCGAUCAAGAAAUCUCCAAAUGAAGAAGACACAUUUGUAGGGGUUGUCCAAGACUUAACAGAAUCAAAUAAUAUGAUCAAUGCAAAUAUUAAAGUAUUGCAUGGGUUCCUAAAAAGUAAAAAUAACUACGUCUUAUUACCCGUUGGCGAAAAAAUUACAGUGAAGAAAAUUGAAAAGGACACCACUUUGUGUAAAUACGUCAACAUAGAUGACCUCUGUGACUACCUAACCAAUACGAAGAAUCUUCCUUUCAUAACGAAGGUGUUAGAACAAGAAAUGGCACCCAAAAAAAGUAAUAACCCUGGGGGUAAUGGCAGUGAUAGUCAUACCCUUCGCAGUGCUCACAACGGACAAGACGAAUUCGAAUCUUUUAUAAACAUUUUACCCAAGAUAAUUGCAUCGUGCCCGAUUAGCAAAAAUGCACAUAUAACGAACGACAUCGUAGAAAACGUCUUCUUCAAAAUUGAUGAUAACAAGAUAAAGAACGGAUCAGUUUUGGUAAAUAACGUACCAACCAAUUCGGAAAUAAAAAGCGCACCUUAUGGGGCAAAAAAUACCACCUUUGCAUGCAACAAAGUGAAAGUAUUAAUAAAAGUGAACCAAGUUAAAAUCCCAUUGAUCAUAGGACGAGUGUAUCUUUUAUAUUCCUUAAACUUUUCGCAUAGCGUAACAGUUCAAAAUAUUCUCUAUAUGUAUAAAAAUAAAAGCGAUUCCUUAAGUUAUCACAGAGCGGAGGGGGAAGGUAAAUUAGACGCCGAAUGUAAGGCAAAUGAUGAGGCACAAAUUACUGAUUUAAAAAAUUAUGUAAAAAAUGUGGACGUGCUUUACGAAAAAGUGAAUAAUAAAAAAUGCUUACGCAGCGAUGAUAUUGGCGUCCUUGAGCUUCUUGUUAAUGAUAAUUCAUUCAUGUGCACGCAGUGCUUCAGGCCCGAAUUAAACUACUACAUCUCGCAGGACAACCCCUUUUUCAGCGUCUACGACCUCCUUUCAUGCAGCAUCUCGCCCCUCUCGCGCUUUAUUCUCUCUGAGGAAAACAAAAUUGUUGCCAGUGGUUUGGUGAUAGGCGAGGCGUGA